AGUGCAUGAUUUAUGAUGUUCACUCUAAAAACUAUGCACACAAUAAAUCAGUCUGGCCUAUACUAGAAAUCAUGCAUAGAAAUCUAAAGCAAUUGAAAAUCUAUAACCAGACUACUGUAAUAUUUACAAUCAAGAUCUCAGUCAUAAAAGACAAAAGAAUUAAAUAACACAAAAAUUUAUUAGAAUCCCUUGGUGGCAUUUAAUGACAUUUGAGUUAAUAAUCAACUUAAUAUCUGAAGUGGUAUUUCUAGAUGUAUUAUUUUAGGUCUAUCCUAUGUAAUACAUAUUUUAGUACCCUUAAUCCACGUACGAGAUAACAUUUAUGGCAUAAUAUUACAUUUAAGAGCAUUUACUCAAUAUCAUAACAUGUUAAUUGGCACUUCUCAGCGCACAUGUUGCCUUUUGAAUAUAUCGGAUAUUCUGUAUCAAUACUUAGUAUUGACCAAGACCUGAGUACAUGUAACAUGUUGAGCUAAUUAAGGCAGACUUAAUUAUAUAGAUCUGCUCUUUGAGUUUAUCCCAAAGGCAUUUCCCUCAGUGAGUCAAUACCUUGGAAGAGAAGAAAAAAAAUCUAUCAAUUCUUAUGUUAAACAAUCAGUGUAUGUAUGGGGCUGGGUAUCCAAUCGGUGUGGUAUGAGCUAUUGUUAAAGAUAGGAGCCGAGAUUAGCAAACGCUGAUCAAUAAUUUGUAAAGGUAAUAUAUUAUUGAGACUGAAGGACACAUUGCUGAUACGAGUUAAAAAUCUGGCCUUCUGCCACUGAGCAAUUUUUGUAAUAUUUAAAAUCCAGACUGGUGCAGUGUUUGCAAAAUAUAUUUGAAUGAUUAUCGGGACUGGUUAUCUGAAAAGAGUUUAUCCAGGUGGGAAUACAAACUAUACUGAACUGACAUUGUGUAUACAUGAUGAGCGCACUUCAAUAAGCUGACUGACUGAGCAUGUAAAUAAUGAUUGUGUUAUCAAAAAAAUAGGAAAUAUCGGAAAUCUACAUAUCCCUGUAUUGAGAACAUUUAAAUCAAUUUGACAAAAAGUAAAUUAAUAGUAAAGUGUUGCAAUAUUGCUUUGUGAAUAGUGUAAAUGAUGACAACAUUUGGUUACCUUUAGAUUUAUUCAUUGUUACCUUGUGAGAAAAAUAAAGCAUGGAUAAAGACCGAGAGGAUACAAAUGGAAGUGAUAAAGGUCAGGGGUCAGAGGAUGAAGAAAGUGAGGAGAUUGAAGAGGUUCUGGAAGGGGUUGUGACGCAAGAUGAAGACAGUGGAACCAGUGAAGAGCCUAUGAUGGUUUUAGAGCAAAAAACUGAAAGUCCAGACCAGGUGAAAGAAGAAAGUUUUAAUAAAAGCUUAAGUUUUUCUACUGAGGAAUCAGAGAGUUCAACUAUUGAUGAAAAACAGUAUCAAGAAGAUAAAGAAAUAACAUUAGAAGACAAAGAGAUUGACCUAGGUCACUCAGGUCAACAUGACACCUUGCAAUCAGCCGAUGACCCAAUAAUUAGCGAUGAAGAUGAUAGUGAUCGCAUGGAACAGGAAAAUAAACUGACCAAAUCUAAUCUGAAAGAGGUUGUGAGUGAUAUGGAGAUUUCUGAGAUAGUUAUGCAGGAUCCUCCUUCAGAUAGGGAAAUUGUUGAAGGGGAAGAAGACCAGAAAGAUGAUGAAAGUGACAGAAAUAGUUAUAUUCACAGUGUUAGUGACGAUACUGAGCUGAAUGUUUCAGCAGACAAUUACAUGGAUUUCCCCACAACUAUGCAGAAAAGAUCUUUUGACAGUGGUACACUGCAAAGUGGGGCUUACGCCAGAUUAACACCUGUUCCAUCGAGUACACCAAACAAGUCGGUGGACACAGAUGAUAUUAUUAAUGCAGUUUAUGACAGGGAGUCAGUAGUGAGUGACAUAUUCGAACCAAAUACUGACGAUGUGGAGGAACCUAGUACUGAGCUAAAGUUUAGCCGCUAUGACAGCUUGAGGUCAAAGUACACAAGGCCAAGACCACCACCGCACAGAUCAGAGGAUCCGUCCUUGACCUACCUACCAGCAAGAGGGGUUAGAAGUUAUGCUCCUUUUCUACAGUCCUCCCCACUUGCAGGACUUUACAUGGGAUAUGAACAAAGGCUCGAGGACUCUGUGUUGAAGGAUAAAGACACUGAAGAUUAUACUGUCCGAGGCGAAGGCGACAGUCCAUCAAAGAUCCCGGCACGUAUUCGGGAGAUCAUCACAAAGAAUCUGGCAUCGGAUGACAAAGGUUUGAGACUAGCCAGCAUGUCAACACCAACACCGCAACAGCUGCAGGAAGAAAACCGACUACUGUCGACAGAACUGAACCGAGUUGAAGAUCUGUUGGCCGCAAGUAGGGCGGAGAGAGAUGAGCUGGGCAUCAAGUAUAAUGCUCUCAGUGAAAAGGUUCUCUCAUUAGAUGGUUCUGUGGCGGCAAACAGUGAAAACCUUGAACAGUCGUUGAGGGGUGACAGUUUAGACGCCAGUGACUCGACAUCAAAACCCCUUCUUCAGCAAAAACAUUGACUUGAGACGGAAGCUAGAAGAGGAACACGCCA